AUGGCACAGAAAAGCACCAACCCCACCCAGCAAUUCAACUUUGUGGCUCAGGAUAAGAUUUGGAAAUACCAUGUUGAAGCUGAGCUUGAAGCUGCAAAGAAAUGGUCUGUCAAAUGGGGAUUUUUAACAACACCUUUUGAGGAGUUGAUAAAAGACGAAAGGAAAGAACCCACUAAGCCUAAGAUAGAGCUUCCAGAACAUUUACAAAUCCGACCUAUAACACCAGUGGAAAAAUAUAUUAAGGUCUACCCAUCUCCUCCAAUCCCUAAAACAACAGGAUUUAUUGGCUGGAGAUCAUCGGUGCCAGGACUGGAACUUGAACGUUAUUAUCAGAUCAGAAGCUGCAAAGGUGCCUUUCACAAGGAUCUCAAGUGGCCUGAUGAACCCUCUGAUUGA